AUGCUUGGGUAGCUACAUUCGAAAUAUGAAAUUGAUGAUUUAUUCAGAAAAAUUAUUGAGGAUAAGUAUGAACUCAUGUAAAGAACCAAAGCUGAUAAUCCGAAUUUACUUUUGCCUAAGGAUUUUAGCAAAUUCAUUACUGAAAGAUUAUUUAUGGAUUUUUUACUUACAAUCUAUGAUUAUUGUGUAGAACUACACAAAUUAGAAAAGAAAUAAUCCAUUUUAGAUUAAUAAAGCAAAGAACGAACUGGAAUAGCCCCCAAAUUGUUAUCAUCUGAAACAGACAAAAUUAAUUAAAAAUUAAAGGAGAUAUCUGAAAUCUACUCUAGAAUACUUUUAAAAAAAGGAAGUUAUAAUAUCAUCAUCAAGGAUUAAAAAUUCUUUGAGACCUUAAUUUAUUUUAUUACACAAGUAUUAAAGGAAGUCUUUGAUAAAAGUGAGUAUAAAUAUAUAGAGGAAGAGAUCAAUAGGAUUUUUAGAACCAAUCCAUUCAAUUUAUUAAAGAGAAAACACAUAAACGAGAAAAUAGAGCAAAGACAUUAUGGGGCAAGAGAUUAUAAAGGUGUCAAGCACGACUUCAAUCCGGAUGAUGAUUUGUCAAAGAAUGAGUUAAUACAAAGAAUUUUAACAAGAAAGGGUAUGCCAAAAAGCAUAGAUAGAGAAAUGAUGGUUGAAAAAUCAAAUUUAAAACCUUUCUUUAUAAAAUCAACUAGGUGUGCAGCCAUCAAAGCCAGAUCUCCAUUGAUUGCUAUUAUGUUCCCUUCAGCCAAAGAGAGACUGUUUCAAAUGGAAAACGAAAGAAAAUAACUGGCUACAAAAUACACUCAAAAAUAAAGAUUAGUUAAGGACUAAGUAGAAAUGUGGAUUCAAGACUUUGAAAAUAGACAAGCAAGAGUGAAAAGUGAACAUGAACAUACUCUUGAUAAAUCAAAAAUAAACAAAAAGGGAUCCUAAUCUUUUUAUUAAUGA